AUGGUGUCGCCGUGCCGGCCGCAGUCGCUCGGCGGCAGGGCUUGGGUCAGCAGCCGCGCUCAGAUGUUUAGCAGCAUCCCUAACCUCUACCCACUAGAAGCCUACAGUAGCACUGUCCAUCCUCCUGGCUUCCUCCAUGAAGUGGUAACACCAAAAAUGCUUCCAGACGUUGCCAAAUGUUCUCUUAGGGGCAAAAUCAUCCUCUACUCAAGAACCAUUAGAAGUGACAAAAUAUGGGAGUGGCCUCCCCUCCGGCGUUCCGCAUUAGUAAGACGAUGCUCAGGUCAAACAGCCGCCCCCGGCCACCUCAUCUCGGCUGAGGAGGGAGCGCCCCCAGGGAGACAGGCGGGCGGCGGAGAGGGCCAUUCUUCCAGAAGGUGGGCCGCCGCCAGCAUCUUCUCGCGUCUCCGUCUCCACAGCACCGGGAAAGGCCCUGAUCGCCGUGGUCCACACCACCGCGUCCAGCUGAGGCUCGCCUCGGUUUCCCGGCCCCCAGAGGGGUGGCUUACUCCGCUUUCUCCUGCCCCCAAGUGGCCGCGCCCCUCCGCGGGACACUUGGUUGGGUCCAGGGCGGAGCGGGUGGGAGCUCCGAGGGCCGGGCUUCAGGGGGCGGGACUGGAGGCGUGGGCUGGGGGCGGGGCGGACGUGGAGCGCUCCUCCGACUGUAGGGGCCAGGGGGCUGAGUGCAGCAGGGCAGGCUCGGCGCCGGCAGGAAGACACGGAGGGCGGACCCGAGAGCCCGACGCCUGGUGCUCAAGACUUUCUCCGAGGUACGAGCAGGGACCCGGCGUCUGGGGCUUCUCCGCUGGCCGCAUCACCCAGUCGCCGCGUCCCGGUCUCUCACUGUGCCCCCUGCCGGCGGGGCGGCGGCGGGACGGGGUUUCGGGAGGGUUUCUGGAAGUCGCGAGUCCCAGCGAAGGCAGUGCCCCGCUCUCCGCCUUUCUUCGCCUUCUUCUGGCUCCCUUAGCUCUGGGUAUCGGGCACCGGCGGGAAGGUCGCUUCUCCGCGAGUCGCAGCUCGCCCACUCCGGGACGGGCGGACGAGGCCCCGGGGCAGCUGAGUCCGGCAGCGGGGGAGGCGUGGAACUCGGGGCCGCCUCAGCGGCGGGGGCGGGAGGCUGGUCCCGGCUGCGGACUGCGCGCCUGGGCUUCGGGCGCCGCGCCUGGUCCUCUGCAUCGCGGAGCUCCGGGUCACAGGGCUCCCUGGCGGGCCCCGGCGCCCAGUUCCGUGUCGCUGUGGCUGGGCGCCGGGACCGGCACCGGAACCCCGCGCUCCCGGGGACUGCGCCGUACCGCCUGUUGUGCGCGCGCAGAGGCCGGACGGCCCGGCUGCGGGAAUGGACCGGAGCGCAGGGUCUGCCCGGCGUCCCAGAAAGUGCCCAGUCGGCGGAGCCGGAGAUUGAGCCGGGGCACAUCGGCGCCAGACUGGGGCCUCGGUGCGAUACGAGUCGGGGGCGCUGCCUUCAGAAUUUGCGUGUCUGUAGGCGCUUGCGGCGCGCUGGCGAAGCCCCCGGCGAAGGGGACCACGAGAUUCGGCUCCGGGAGGACCUGGCGCUGUCAGGGCAUGUGAUGAGGAGGCAAGCUUGGCUUUCGUGUGCUGGGAACCUGAGGAAUUGCCGAGGACCUAGAGCCCAGCCCUGACCACCAGAGAGCCCAA